AUGGUAGACGGAGAUGCCGUUCAGGAUCACCCCGAUCCGCUGCACGCGAUCUUCCAUCUCAUGCACGCCGGUGUCUCACCAGUUCCCGGCCAUACCGGCUUCUUCAAGAUCGAGGUCGGCGACGAGCACGAGAUCAACAACGCCGGGUACUUUCACUACCUCCAUCACAAGUACUUCGACUGCAACUACGGCGGCGAGAUCAUCCCGCUCGACAAGUGGUCCGGCAGCUUCUUCGACGGCUCGCCCGAGUCCGAGGUGGAGAUGCGCGCCCGACGCAGGCGCCUGAAGGGCAACCCGGGUCAGGUGGAGUAG